AUUAUAUGAGUUAUCUUCAAAGAUGUUCAUCCAACUCAAAAUUAAAAAGUGAAUUUUAUUCCUAUAUCAUCCUCAUUUUCAAGCGAAGCACUUUGGCACUACCAAAUAAUAAAGAUGAGAAAUCAGACAAUACUCUGAAGGUAUUUAUAACAUGUAGUUAUUUUAUUGUAAAAGAAUACUUGCCUCCAGAACCUUUAUGCUUUGCUUCAUCUGCACAUAGUCAAUUAUAUAAUAUAAAGUUUGAUUAUGAUGCUUUCUUGCCUACCUUUCGUCAGCUUUGUAAUAAACACAGUGUCAUGUCGACACACGAUGAAAAAUUUGUGAAAAAUUCUUAUAGAAAGGUCGUUUCUAGGAAAUUACAAUCCAGCUUAUUGGAAGUAUCUUCGUCUUCAGUUCAGCCUUUGAUAAUGGAACAGCCAAUCCAGCGUGCGGUUAGUUCAUUAGAAUACCUGAAUGGGUUUUUCAGCCCAAGAACGUAG